AUGAAGGCGUGGUCUCUCUUGUUGUGUUGCCUCCUGAUGGGCGGGGCCUGGGCGGGUCUGCAGGACAUCGUCCAGAAAAGUUCUGAGCGCCGGAAAGUCUCCAUCCUGAACCCGGAGCUGGAGGGUCGCGAGCCCGCCCAGAGCGCCGGCGCCGCCGCUUCGGGUCCCGCCGCCCCGGCCGACCUGGAGCAGCGGGACGACCUGCCUUCCUCCUUCAUUUUCGGCGACAACGUCAACCUGGAGUGGCGCCAGUGGAACGGCUCGCUGCCCAACGGCGCCGUGGCGAUCUACAACGGCUACAGCGGGCGCACCGACUACGUGUGCCAGUACAAGUGCGAGUCCGGCUUCUACAACGCCGCCCUGGGACCCUACUGCCGCUACCCCUACGGAGACCGCGAGUACUAUGCCCCCGAGUUCCAGAUCCUGACCAACAAAGACAACUUUGAGUUCUUGGAGUGGAAAGAGGGUUCCUACGGGUCCGUUCCCCAACACUCGGUCCGAACCUGCCUGGGGGCUGGCAUCUACGUGGGCAAGAACAAGUACGGCCUGGGCAAGGUGGUCCCCCAGUUCGAGGCCUUCUUCCUGCCGUGGGAGGGCGAGGAGUACUGGUACAAGAAGUACCAGGUCUUGACCAUCAACCGGGACGCCUACCGGCAGCACAUCUCUGACGUGGACUACGACCUGGACCAGGUGGCCAUCUUCCAGUACCCCCCCGAGACCAUGCGCAUCUCCGGGAUCACCAACAACGAGUGCCAGGCGGUGCAGAAGACCGUCACCAUCUCCAAGACCACGGAGACGGAGACCACCUGGAGCAUCGGCCGGGCCACCAUGCUGGGCGUCGCCGGCAGCAUCACCGCCAAAAUCCCGCUCAUCGGCUCCGGCGGCUUGGAGCUGAGCGGCGAGAAGACGCUGCAGUUCUCGCGGGGGACCACGGCGGUGGAGGCGCUCAGCCACUCCGUGUCCGUGGAGCUCCGGGUGGCCCCCAACCACUCCUGCAGGGUGCGGAUGGAGGGCCGCAGGGUCAAGGCCGACAUCCCGUACACGGCGCGCCUCAGCCGCACGUACCGCAACGGAGACACCCAGUGGACGUCCAUCUCAGGAACGUACGACGGCGUCCAGAUCGGAGAGGUGCGCGCCGUGGUGGACCGCUGUGAGCCCGUCGCCAACGCCGAGCCGUGCCCGUGAACUCUGUUUGCUGAGUCGACAAUAAAAA